CUUCAAAGAAAGACCAGCAGCAGUACUGGUCAGUCCCUUUCCGGCCUUAUCGCUACGUACCUCCUGGAAAGUUUGCUGAAGCUUUUCGUUCAUAUUCAACUGGCAAGAAGUUGGCAAAGAAACUUGAGGUUCCAUUUGAUAAACGGUUCAAUCAUUCAGCCGCUUUAUCGACAUCUCAAUACGGUGUUAAGAAGGGUGAACUUCUCAAGAUCAACUUUUCCUGGCAGAAGCAACUGAUGAAGCAAAAUGCAUUUAUUUAUGUGUUCAAGUUUGUUCAGGUUAUUAUUUUUGCCUUAAUCACAAUGACUGUCUUUUGCCGGACAACAAUGCACCACAAGACUAUUGAUGAUGGCAACAUAUAUCUUGGGUCGCUUUACUUUUCCAUGGUUAUCAUUCUCUUUAACGGAUUCACCGAGGUUCCAAUGCUAGUAGCCAAGCUUCCUGUUCUUUAUAAGCACAGAGACUUACAUUUUUACCCAAGCUGGGCUUAUACAUUACCUUCCUGGCUUUUGAGUAUCCCUACUUCAAUUAUAGAAUCAGCAACAUGGGUGGCAGUAACAUAUUAUACAAUUGGAUAUGAUCCUCUUUUCUCCAGGUUUCUUCAGCAGUUCUUGCUGUAUUUCUCUCUGCAUCAGAUGUCCUUGGGUCUUUUCCGCGUUAUGGGUUCUUUAGGCCGACAUAUGAUAGUUGCCAAUACGUUUGGGUCCUUUGCAAUGCUGGUGGUCAUGACGCUUGGAGGAUUUAUAAUAUCCAGAGAUAGCAUACCAAGCUGGUGGAUUUGGGGUUACUGGGUUUCUCCUUUGAUGUAUGCUCAAAACGCAGCUUCCGUGAAUGAGUUUCUUGGCCAUAAUUGGCAAAAGAGUGCUGGGAAUCAUACCAGCGACUCUCUUGGUUUGGCAUUGUUGAAAGAAAGAAGUUUGUUCUCUGGGAACUACUGGUAUUGGAUCGGUAUCGGUGCCUUGCUUGGAUACACAGUUGUAUUCAAUAUACUAUUUACGCUGUUCCUAGCACAUCUCAACCCUUGGGGCAAGUUUCAAGCUGUUGUAUCCAGAGAAGAGUUGGAUGAGAGAGAAAAGAAAAGGAAAGGUGAUGAUGAGUUUGUUGUGGAACUAAGAGAGUACUUGCAGCAUUCAGGCUCAAUACAUGGAAAAUAUUUCAAGAACCGAGGCAUGGUUCUCCCGUUUCAACCACUAUCAUUGUCUUUCAGCAAUAUCAACUACUAUGUGGAUGUUCCCUUGGGACUAAAAGAACAAGGGAUACUAGAAGACAGGUUGCAGCUACUUGUGAAUAUUACUGGAGCUUUUAGACCGAGUGUUCUUACAGCAUUGGUGGGAGUAAGUGGUGCGGGUAAAACAACGCUCAUGGAUGUUUUAGCUGGAAGAAAAACCGGAGGAACUAUAGAAGGCGAUGUGUACAUAUCUGGUUUUCCCAAAAGGCAGGAAACGUUUGCAAGAAUUUCAGGUUACUGUGAGCAGAACGAUGUUCAUUCUCCAUGCCUAACUGUUGUUGAAUCUCUACUUUUCUCGGCAUGCCUUCGUUUACCAGCUGACAUUGACUCAGAAACACAAAGGGCGUUUGUUCAUGAGGUGAUGGAGCUAGUGGAGCUGACCUCUUUGAGCGGGGCAUUGGUCGGUCUCCCUGGAGUUGAUGGCUUAUCAACUGAACAGAGGAAAAGGCUAACAAUUGCUGUUGAGCUAGUUGCGAACCCUUCUAUAGUAUUCAUGGAUGAGCCAACUUCAGGGUUGGAUGCCAGAGCAGCUGCCAUUGUGAUGAGGACUGUAAGAAAUAUUGUUAACACAGGGCGAACCAUCGUCUGCACGAUUCAUCAGCCUAGCAUCGAUAUUUUUGAGUCAUUUGACGAGCUUUUGUUCAUGAAACGUGGUGGAGAGCUCAUAUAUGCUGGUCCACUUGGUCAAAAAUCAUGUGAACUUGUCAAGUAUUUUGAGUCAAUUGAAGGAGUGCAAAAGAUCAAACCUGGCCAUAAUCCGGCAGCGUGGAUGCUUGACGUCACCUCUUCCACUGAAGAACACCGUCUUGGAGUUGAUUUUGCUGAAAUUUACAGGAAUUCAAAUCUGUGUCAACGCAACAAGGAGCUGAUCGAAGUCCUCAGCAAGCCAAGUAAUACUGCAAAAGAAGUCGAGUUUCCGACCAGAUACUCUCAGUCACUCUAUAGUCAGUUUGUUGCUUGUCUGUGGAAACAAAACCUCUCAUACUGGCGAAACCCACAAUACACUGCAGUUCGGUUCUUCUACACUGUGAUUAUCUCUUUGAUGCUUGGAACCAUAUGUUGGAAAUUUGGCUCAAAAAGGGACACCCAACAACAAUUAUUUAAUGCAAUGGGAUCGAUGUAUGCGGCAGUUCUCUUCAUUGGAAUCACCAAUGCAACCGCUGCACAGCCUGUUGUCUCCAUAGAAAGAUUUGUUUCAUAUCGCGAGAGAGCAGCAGGAAUGUACUCGGCACUUCCCUUUGCAUUUGCACAGGUGUUUAUAGAGUUUCCAUACGUGCUAGCACAAUCCACAAUAUACAGCAGUAUAUUCUAUGCCAUGGCCGCGUUUGAAUGGUCAGCGGUGAAGUUCUUGUGGUACUUAUUCUUCAUGUACUUUUCGAUAAUGUACUUCACCUUCUACGGGAUGAUGACAACAGCAAUCACCCCAAACCACAACGUUGCCUCAAUCAUAGCAGCACCUUUCUACAUGCUCUGGAACCUAUUCAGUGGCUUCAUGAUACCAUAUAAGAGGAUUCCACUGUGGUGGAGAUGGUACUACUGGGCAAACCCGGUGGCGUGGACACUGUAUGGACUAUUGGUAUCUCAGUAUGGAGAUGAUGAGAGAAGGGUGAAACUCUCAGAUGGUAUCCAUCAAGUGAUGGUGAAACAACUGCUUGAGGAUGUAAUGGGAUACAAACAUGACUUCUUAGGAGUCUCUGCUAUAAUGGUGGUGGCCUUUUGCGUCUUCUUCUCCCUUGUCUUUGCUUUCGCCAUUAAAGCCUUCAAUUUCCAGAGAAGAUGAUUGAUGAUUACCAAAACUCUCCAACUCCCACAUAUUUAUAUAUAUAUAUAUAUACACACAUAUACAGAUACCAACUAUUGUUAAUUUGUAUAUUGGGGGGCUUUUAUACCCAAGAAGGCAGGGGAAUGCGCCUAUUCUUCCUCUGCCAUUACAUGUAUGGAUCAAUAAAAGCCUUGUGUUGUGUUUUUAGUU